GCUCCACAGGUCAUCCACAGCGUACAUUGUUCACUGAACUCGGAGUCCGUAAUCGCACGCUACCUUUUUUGUUCAUGAUGUCCGAUCCGGACACAAGUUCAGACUCUAGUCACAGCUGCGGCAGUGAAGAGGGUGAUACAGCUUUACUCGAAAAAGUUAACUUUCUCAAAGCGCAACUUACAUCUUGUCCCACUUUAUAUGAGUCGCAUGUUGAACUCAUAUCAUCUCUUCGCGAACUGGGAAACCUCGAGGAUCUAAGGGCUGCGAGAGAAAGUAUGCAUUCAGUAUACCCUUUGUCUCCUAAACUCUGGUUGGACUGGUUUGAAGACGAGCUGAAGAUUGCCUCUUCCGUCGAGGAAAUGCAGGGUGUUGAAGAUCUUUUUAAGCGCGCAGUUGAAGACUAUGAUGAUCCAUCAAUUUGGUUGGAGUAUUGCCUAUUCAAAAUAGGCCGUUUCUCUCCAGAAUCUCCAGAGUCAAUUCGAGCAGUGGAAGACGCGUUCACAUUGGCAUUAUCUCACCAAGGCCUAAAUGUGGCAUCAGGAAGCGUAAUCUGGGAAGCGUACAGAGACUUUCAGACCGUGUUGCUCGAAUAUUUCAAAGUGAAUUCCCCACAAUUAGUGGAGGAGCAUGUGAAGUGCAUGGAUCGAUUGUUUCGCCGCCAGCUGAGCAUACCAUCAUUGUCCAUCCAGUCGACUUUUAAAGCAUACGAAGAAUUUCUCGAACAGUACGGAAAGUCCUUAUACGAAAGUGACCAGGAAUCUUUAUCCCCGGUUCCUGCUGAUUGCAUGAAAGAUUAUGAGGCAGCGCUUGCUCAGCUGGAACUGCUCCAACCUUUCGAGGACAAAAUCGAGACCUCGGACAAUGACGCUUCUUCUUUCUCUGCCUGGACUGCCUACUUGGACUGGAUAGUGUCUUAUCGUCAUUCGAAUUCAUCCAACACACCUGGAAAGUCUAAAAUCCAAAAACAAACAAAGGGCUUCGAUCCCGCUCACAUUUGCUGUCUGUUUGAAAGAUCAGUCACCGUCCACUGCUUGCAUGCCGAAAUCUGGCUUCGUUUCAUCAAUUACUUGGAAGACAAGCUGCCAUCUGAUAGGCCUCGCCUCCUACGCGUCUUGGCUCGUUCUGUUCGCAAUUGCCCUUGGUCAUUGGAUUUGUGGGACCGAUAUGCUCUGGUCUCCGAAGCUAUGGCGAACGAAGAAAUUGCCAACCAUGCGACUAACGGACUGAAUGGACAGUCGGAUCACAUAUUUGAUACGUCUGCUUUUGCGAAAAUCAUCGCGGUGUAUGACACCGCCUUAUCUGCGGGACUCCGACAAGCAUCCGAUAUUCUCCAUCUUUGGUUUAAUUAUUGCGCUUUUGGUGUUCGUCGCCUACUUCGUAUGGAGCCUUCAACCCCCGAAUGGAACAACGGACUCGAGAACUUACGUGCCACUUUUGAGCGCGCUCAUCAUUCUCUGCGGGAAAUGUUCCACCACGAAGCCGAUCCUGAUGAUACUCUUUACCAAUUUCACGCCUUCGUUGAGGCCAAAUAUGCGCGUGACCUCGGAAAAGCGCGUUCGGUUUGGUCGCGUUUGAUGCAGCAACCUGGGCGGGGUACGAAAACGAGCCUGUGGCUCGCCUAUUUAACUUUCGAGUGUAACUGGGGUGAUGUGAAACACUUCCUUCGUGUCGCUCGCAUGGCUAUCAAUUCCAUCGGACAGCACGGGGUAUCUGCCUUCUCUGCCUUGGUGCAGCUGGGUUGCCAAUGUGGGUUGGAGGUCUCACACAUCCUGGACUUGAAAUCGCGGAUCCGCCAACGGCUUCAUGAGUUGGAACAACAGGCGGCUAGCAAAAACGACCCAAACCUUGAGACACAGGAUAAGCGCAGUGCGGUUAGUUUCACCUGGACGAUUCAUACUAACCCAUUCACUUCUUGGUGCUGCUCGUAUUUAUGCUAG